AUGACCCGCUUCAUUACCUCUCUACACAACAAAUUUGCCAUCAAGGACCUUGGCACUCUCAACUACUUUUUGGGUCUAGAAGCCUCAUCCACAACCGAUGGUAUCUUCCUCUGCCAAUCCAAGUAUGCUACUGAAGUUCUCCAACGGGCUGACUUACUUGAUUGUAAGCCGGUCUCCACUCCUCUGGUUGUUAACGAGUCCCUCACGGCUAAUGGUGUUCUUCAUCCAGAUCCCACCUUGUACCGUUCACUCAUUGGUCCUCUCAAGUACUUGACCAUCACUCGCCCUGAUAUCUCCUAUGCGGUUAAUCAUGUUAGUCAAUUUCUGCAGGCACCAACUAUCACUCACUUUAAAUAUGUCAAAUGGAUACUUCGGUACGUGAAAGGUCCAGUCUCCUAUGGUCUUGUUUUCUCCAGACCAUCAACCACUACAGUUCUCGGUUAUUCUAAUACUGACUAG